UUUUUAAUUAUGCAAGGUCAAGAAGAAUAACAAUUUGUAAACAUAAGAUUAUGUUGAAAAGUGCGAACAUGUGGUGAAAAAGUUUUGUUUUGCAACACUCAAACUUCGACUAGCUGAACUCAACACAAUUUUCACCUCAGUUCUUAACAAAAGAUUCAAAGAGAUCGCUGACGAAUUAAUAUAUUCCACUGUUCCAAAUUCAUAAAUCAGUAAGGCAGCUAACAAAGAAACGUCUUGGAAUAUUUAUGAAAAGAAAAGAAUUAAAGAGCUAGAUCGAAUACAUAAAGCACCAAAAAAAGUGAAUAAGACAAAUUAACGUCAACAACGACCACAAAUGUGAUAUUGAGAUUGUGACAUCGAAUAGCUAGAGAAAGAAACAAAAGCGAAUAGUAACUCUGACUUUACAACGCCAUGCCUACAUUAUUGGAAGCGCUCGAAGAGAAGUAUGGCUUUGCACAAACGAGCGACAUCGAAGCUGAACCGGAGCUUCUGAUGCUUCGAUUACCAAAGCGAACUCCCCUUCAAAGCGUGCCACAAGUGCUCGUGCUCAACGAUUGUGGAAUCGAUCAAGCUGGCGCAGCGGAAGACUUGAAGAAAAAAUGCAACACGGUUAAAGAGCUUGAUUUGGCACAAAACAAACUUGAGAAUUGGAAUGAGAUUUUCAGUAUUUUGACACAAAUGCCGAAAAUUGAGUUCGUUAACUUGAGCCUUAAUCGAUUAGAAACGCCAAUUAUUGCACCUCCGCCUUGUUCAAUGACAAAUUUGAGAUCUUUGGUGCUUAACAACACAAAGCUCAACUGGUUUAAUGUUGAAGAACUUUUAAAGCUUCUGCCAUGUCUUGAGGAACUUCAUUUAAGUUUGAACGAAUACACUCAUGUUCUUCUCGAUACAAUCGAAGAUGACGAUGAUCAGGAAUUCGUUAACUGUAAGCCAUCCGAUGAAUGCAAUUGUGAUGAUGAAACACCAUCAAGUCUCGGUAGCAAUGAAGGUUCAACAUGCUGCAACGCUUAUCGCAAGACCACAAACGCACAUGAUGGUGUGAAAAAGUUGCAUUUGAAUGGAAAUCCUAUAACAGAUUGGUUUGAAAUUUGUCGACUUGGUCGUGUGUUUCCUCAAUUAGAAGCAUUGUUUCUUGCCGAAUGUCCUUUAAGGUCGAUAUCGCCAUUACCAUCACCACCAAUCGAAGAGGAAAUUGAAACAAAUGACAAUCAAACACCACACGAACAUUUCAAAAACCUUCAGCUUUUAAACCUAAGCAGUGCCAAUAUCAAUUCAUGGACUGAUAUUGAUCGACUGAGUAAAUUUCCCGCUCUGAAAAAUUUACGUGUGCAAAAUUGGCCUUUAUGGAGUAAAUGUAAUUCGACUGAACAGGAACGGCGUCAAUUUGUGAUCGCGCGAUUGCCACAAAUCGAAGUGUUGAAUGGUGGUGGACCGAUUGGAUCGGAAGAACGUGAAGAUGCUGAAAGAGCUUUCAUUCGUUAUUAUAUGGAACGUCCAGAAAAUGAGCGGCCAUCAAGAUUUGACGAAUUACAAGCAAAGCAUGGACGUUUGGAUCCUUUGGUGAAAAUUGAUUUGAGACCUGAGAAAAAAGUUCAAAUAAAAUUUACAUUCAAAGAUCGAAAUGAGGUCCGAUAUGUUAAUAUUUACCGAACCGUCUCCGAUCUCAAACUUCGUCUUGAAAAACUUUUUGGUCAUCCAGCUAAUAAAAUGCGAUUAUUCUACAUUGAUAGAAGUUACGAAGAAUUGAUGGAACCUAAAGAGAUGAGAUAUCCCAGUAAACAACUUUACACCUUUAAAAUAGCAACAGGUGAUGAGAUUAUCAUCGAGCCUAAAGAUUGUCCAAAAUCUCCCGAAAAAAUGGAGGCAACUUAAAACAUUGAUUGUGAUUUUUAUUUUUUCUCGUCAGUAAUUUUCUUUCUAUUUAAAAUAAUGUUGCAGCGAAGAAAAGUUACUUGAACUUAUUGAAAUGAAUUUAAUGACUCAUUGAUUACAGUUCUAGUUCUGUUCCUCGUUACAUCAUAAUUAAUUUUUAUUAAAAUAUUCUUGAUAUAACGUAGAAGAUGCUGAUAAGAAAAACAUAUUUGAGAUUUUGUUGUUGUGAUGAAAGAAAAUUCUUAAGUUAAGAAAUUAUUGACAUCAGAAAUGAAAAACUUUGAAAGUCAAGGGAAAAUAUUAGUCAAGUAAUGUUGAGUGUCAAGUAUACCUCAAGUUCGAAACUUUAUUCAAAAUUAAGUCAAGAACAAAAAAUCAAUUAAGUUCCUUAUAAAGAUCCAGUUAUAAUCAAUCACAUAAAAACAAAAUCGAGAAUUAUAAAUAUUCAGCAUCUUCUUUCAACAACAAUCAAACAAUCACUGACCUUAAUAUUGAAACAAACAUCAGGAUAUAAGACAACUAACAAAAGAAGAAAGAUCAUCGCCAUGUGACAUGUAUUAACAUAACAGUAACUUUAGCGUACUAAUUUCGCACAGUUUAAGUUUACAGAUAAUGGGCUCUGGUAGCUUCUAACAUCAACAACAAGAUUCUGCGCCAUAAUAUGAGUCAUUUAAUGAAACGUUUUUCAAUUAAAAAAGCUUUUCAAUUUAUUCUAACAAAUGACUUUUAUUUUAUUCCCAUAAACAAAUACUGGCCUUCCAAGGUUUUAAAGUCGAUUGAAUGUUAUGAUGAUUAUAAAUAGAAUUUUUCUUCAUAAAAUGAAGUUGUUGUUAUGAUAAAUGAAUGUGUAGAUUGUUUAUCUAUUAGAAAUCGAUGAGACUUUAUAGCUACAGAAGACUUGUUGCACGACAUCACAACGUUCAAUCAACGAUAAAUAUUUGGAAGUGAUUUUUAAAAGAUUUUAAACGAAUCUAUUUUUAAGUGAAAGUCAAGAGUAAGCGGUUGAGAAAACGUGAAUAUUCAACUUACAAUACAUCACAGUUUUGUUUAUGUUUAUGAAUUAUAUUUGUGACACAAACGAUUUUUCCCCCCAAGUUUUUCUUACACAACUCACGCUUGUGAUUCUGUCGAUGUUUUCAUUUUAAUUUAUUUUUAAACACGGCAGACUUUUAAAAGCAUUUUUCUGUCUUCUUAAGCUUAUGUUGCAUGCUCGUUUUGAUAGUUUGUUUGAAAUAAUUUCACUUAAAUUUAUUUUAAAAUAAAUGGUGACUUUCCAUAACUUUUAAAUGAGCAUAAAAGUUGAGAAAUAUCUAACUGACUUUGUUUCUAAAAUUGAUUUGAAAUUGAUAUGAAACCUAAAAUAAUGACUUUCAAUAAAGAAGCAAAUAAAUAAGGAAAACAGAAAAUAUGAGUUUUUUUCACAAAUUAC